AUGGCCGCUAGUCCAGGCAGAGAAUCCAAACCAGCCGUCUUAAUCGCCCCUUCAAAGACGACCAUGUCGUCACCCGAUCGCCGAACUGGCGUCAAGCGACCCCGGACACAAUCUCUCCCACCCCCGGCUCUGCCUCAACUCGUUGCCGAACAACACACUCCAAUUCUGCCCGCCGACAAAGCUUCACAGCGAUUGAUUGUCGUCCUCUCAAACGCAAGCCUCGAAACCUACAAGGCCUCCCAUGGCGGCAGUAACCGGUCAGGUCUUCACCGCGAGGAUAAAUAUUCGCUGCUCAACAGCGAUGAGCACAUUGGCGUCAUGCGCAAGAUGAAUCGUGAUAUAAGCGAUGCUCGUCCGGAUAUCACGCACCAGUGUCUGCUGACGUUGCUGGACUCGCCCAUCAACAAAGCUGGUAAACUGCAAAUCUACAUUCACACCGCAAAAGGCGUCCUGAUCGAGGUGUCGCCGUCUGUCCGCAUCCCCAGAACUUUCAAACGCUUUGCUGGUCUCAUGGUGCAGCUUUUGCAUCGCCUAUCGAUACGAUCCACCAACUCAAACGAAAAGCUGCUCCGCGUCAUUCAGAACCCGAUUACGGACCACCUACCGGCCAAUUGUCGCAAAGUCACCCUGAGCUUUGAUGCUCCCCUAGUCCGGGUCCGCGAGUACAUGAAGACAGUAGCACCCAACGAGAGCAUCUGCGUAUUUGUUGGGGCCAUGGCAAAGGGUGCCGACACAUUCGCAGAUUCAGUCGUGGACGAGAAAAUCUCCAUCAGCAACUUCUCCUUGUCUGCGAGUGUCGCCUGCAGCAAAUUUUGCCAUGCAGCCGAGGACGUGUGGGAUAUCCUUUAA